AUGAUUUUUAUCCCGUUGCUCGGGAUGAUCGCUGUUUUACUUCUACCGCGCGAGUCCGAUGAACUGAUUAAACGCGUUACGCUCUUUUUUACACUCGUUCCGCUCGCAGUCGCAGUCGCUUUAUUCAUAUCCUACGACCGCUCGACUGCAGGAACGCAGUACGUCGUUAACGUUCCUUGGAUUCAGGCGUUUAAUAUUCAAUAUCACAUCGGCAUUGACGGACUCAGUGUGACGCUUUUACUCCUUACUGCACUUUUAGGUCCCAUCUGUGUUAUUGCCUCUUGGCGUAACAUCGAAAAAGGUAUCAAAGCGUACAUGGCACUGUUCCUAUUGCUUGAGACAGGAAUGCUGGGUUUCUUCGUUGCGCUGGAUCUGUUCCUCUUCUACGUCUUCUUUGAACUAACACUACUGCCGAUGUACUUCCUUAUCGGUAUAUGGGGCGGACCACGCCGUGAAUACGCUGCGAUUAAGUUCUUCCUCUAUACCCUCUUUGGCAGCGUUCUGAUGUUGGUCGCCAUGAUAGCCGUCUAUCUCAACAGUGGGGCACUGGGUGCGCGAACCUCUACAGAAGGAAACGCCCUUAACAACCUCAACUUCCAGAUCUGGGUUUUCCUCGGUUUCUUUAUAGGGUUUGCCGUUAAGGUGCCGAUCUUCCCCUUCCAUACGUGGCUUCCCGAUGCACACGUCGAAGCACCGACAGCAAUUAGUGUUAUCCUCGCAGGGAUCCUCCUAAAGAUGGGAACUUAUGGGUUGGUGCGGAUUAAUAUGUCGAUGUUUCCACAAGGCUUGGACUUCUUCUGUAAUGGUCUCGCACUUCUUGGGUUUAUUAAUAUCGUCUACGGAUCCUUCUGCGCACUGGCACAAACCGACUUUAAGAAGUUGGUCGCGUAUUCCAGUAUCGGACACAUGGGCUUCGUCAUCUUGGGACUUUCCGCACGAAAUGACAGCGGCAUCACCGGUGCGAUUCUCCAGAUGUUCAAUCACGGCGUUAUCAGUGCGAUGCUCUUCCUACUCGUCGGUGUUCUCUACGACAGAGCACACCACCGUGAAAUUAACGGAUUCGGCGGCCUGGGAACCAAAAUGCCCGUUUAUACCGGCAUUACGACGCUCGCGUUCAUGGCAUCUUUGGGACUGCCCGGCUUGAGUGGAUUCGUCGGAGAGGCACUCUCCUUACUUGGUGCCUACGAUAAAUUCAAGAUGUUGACCAUCUUGUCCACAAUAGGUAUUGUUAUCGGUGCGGCAUAUUUCCUCUGGACGCUUCAACGGGUUUUCUUAGGGACACUCAACCCGAAAUAUGAAGAAAUCCCCGAAAUCAAUGGACGCGAAAUUCUAACGCUGGUACCGCUCGGAAUCUUGACCAUUGUACUCGGUGUCUGGCCCAACUUCGCUAUUGAUAUGUUCAGAGAGUCGGUUACCAACCUCAUAGACGUACUACAGGCGAUAUAG